AUGGCACAACUUCUCAGAUUGGCUGUUUCAAAACAGAAGAGAAGAUACCAAAAGGAUGGAUUCGAUCUAGAUUUAGCAUAUAUCACAGAGAGAAUAAUAGCAAUGGGAUUCCCCAGUGAAAAGAUGGAGGGAGUGUUUAGGAAUCCAAUGAAGGAGGUACAACGAUUCUUGGAGACGAAACACAAGGAUCACUACAGAGUCUACAAUCUGUGCUCAGAGAGAGACUAUGAUCAUGGCAAGUUCCAUGGUAGAGUGGCAUGCUAUCCGUUCGAUGAUCACAAUGCACCAGAGUUCACACUGAUCGAAGAGUUUUGCAAGGACGUCGAUAAUUGGAUGAGUCGUAGUGAGAAGAACAUUGCAGUCAUUCAUUGCAAGGCAGGCAAGGGCAGGACUGGUCUGAUGAUAUGCUGUUGGCUUCUCUACUGUCGCAUGUGGACCGACACUGAGAGCUCACUCAAAUUCUACGCGGCACUCAGGACAUACAAUCAGAAGGGUGUCACUAUUCCAAGUCAAAUUCGAUAUGUACAUUACUUUGGACGAUUCGUACAGGCCAGCGGCAACCAUCAAUUGCACAGACCACUGACCUUGGGCAAGAUCGUACUCAAACCAUUGCCCAAUGAGAUCAAUCUCUCUGACAUUAAUUUCAAUAUAUGUCUCUUAAAGAAGACUAUAUUUAAUUCAAAGGAUGAUCAUUUUAAUAUUACUAUACAACGAAUGGAUCACAAGAAGAAGAGGAGAGUGUUAUUCAAGAAGGACAAGACACCAGCACCACAACAGAACACUACUGUAUCACCACCUUCAUCUCCAUCAGCAAAGAGCUACUCUACUGUUGGUAGAAGCGCUGGCACUUCUGCCAUGUUGAAGCAGAUGGAGGCCAAUCCAUAUGGUACAGUCAGCAACUUUGAUUACAAGACCUACUACGAGAAUGAGAUCGUUGGAAAGAAGGAGAACGAUGAGGACAAUGAUGACUACGUUUCAUUCGAGUUUACAAAGGUCGAUGUAAAUGGCGAUGUAAGAAUAGAGAUAUGCAAUAAGGAGGAUCGCAUGUUUAUGUUCUGGAUAAACACUUCGUUCGUGGCGCAGCAUGAAGUCAUCACCAAGACUGGUUUGGACAAGGCACACAAGGACAAGAAACACAAGUCCUACAGCGAGAACUUUAGAGUGGAGCUAUUCUUCCAAGAUCCAAACGAUCCAAGUGGAGGAAGCAGCAGCAGCAGCAAUAACAAUACAAACGUCAUCAGCAGCAGUACCAGUCCAAGUGGUGGUGCAAGUAUUCCAUUGGCCAGUAGUAUGGUGACCAAUAACUCUCCAGCAUCAAAGAAACUCACACGUAUCCCACUUCAUCAGUCCGCUUUCAUGAUGGGUUUACAGCAACAAGCGCAACAGCAACAGCAACCACAACCAGAACAACAACAACAACCAGUGGAAGAGACCGACUCUAUU